AUGGCCGACCAACCCCAACAAGCGCACUACCACAAACUCAACGAGCGCAACUUCAACCAACGAACCGCGAAAGAGCAUGCACGCCAUCUCCUGCCCUACAUUAAGCCUCACCAUUGGAUCCUAGAUCUUGGAUGUGGACCGGGGGCUAUCACGGCGGAUCUCGCCGAACUCGUGCCGAAGGGGGAGGUUGUUGGGAUCGAUGUUGAUGAGACUUUCAUCGAAGCCGGAAAAGCCUUAGCUGAGAAGAGAGGGCUGAAGAAUGUCACCUUCCGUCCCGGAGACGUCAAAACAGACCUGACAACCAUCCCCCCCUCCUCCUUCGACAUCAUCCACGCCCACCAACUCCUCCUGCACCUCCCCUCCCCAGUAACCGUAGUGCUUGAAGCCCACCGGAUCCUCAAACCAUGUGGGAUCUUCAGCACCGUCGACUCCGCCCUGCGGACCAUCAUCCCCGCCAUCCCGGGAGCGAUCGCUAGUAAUGAGACGUACGAGCGCUUCACACGCUCCCGCGGCGCCGACCCGAACUUCGGUCUCACGCACCAUAUCGUCGCGCAUGAAGCUGGGUUUGCAUGGGAGGAUAUGGAGAUGAGUUCCUGGACGAUGCGGGAGAUGGGGGAGGAGGGCAAGAAGAGGAUUGCGGAGGGUGCGGGGCCGGCGGCGGAGGGGUUUAUGGAGCGGGGGUUGAUUUCGGCGGAGGAGGCGGAGGCGCAGAGGGAGGGCGGGGUGGAGUGGGCGGGGUUGAGGGAGUCGAGGUGGCUUGAGGUUGCGAGUGGGUUGGUUUGUUGGAAGCGGUAG